UGCCCAGGUCGUGGUAGCUUUCUGUGGAGAGGCAGCCAUCGUCCACCAUGUUCAUGGUAUCUGGUGACAGAUGCAUCCAAUCUGCUCUUACAAAAUCUUCCACCACUUUUACUGCUCCACAUGGUUCAUCCAGACCUGCCAACACUGAGAGAUGUGCUGUGGAUUCUGCAGCUCAGAUCGAGAUGAAAAACAGAUCAAGAGCUUAUAGAGAAAUAAUGCCGUCAACACAAACUCUCCUUGAGUGAAGGACACACACCUGAGCUGCACAGGUAAGCAGAUGCAGUGUUUCUGCUGUUCUUUAGACUGAUGGAGGUUUAUGUGAACUUCAGCUCCCUCUGCUGCUUGUUCCAGAUCCAGAGCAGAAGCACAAGACCGCCUUUUAUAGCGGAGGGAAAUAAACGCUCGUCCAGAGAAAAACACAGAAAGAGACCACCGGGGAGGAGGCUGCAGGUGACAUCACGUCAUCCAGAGCGGGAUUAUAUGCUGCACGCGGAGUCAGCCAUGAAUAAUCACACAUCACAGAUCAGCCUGUAUUUGCGGAUGAGAAGGGCAAUGCACAGAUGCUGAGGAGCUUUUUGGGAGCGUCCUGAAAACAUCCACCCGGCCUGUGUUUGAGGAGAAACACACACGCAGAUGAACUGACGGUCUAACCUGAGCAUCUCAUAUGAACACUAUGGAUUUAAUCAGGAGCUGGGAAAUAAAUUCACAGGCCUGAAGGUGAAGACAUUGAGGAAUCAGCACCGCUGGAGAGAAACUCACUUGUGUUUGUGAUCCAAACCAAAGGAUGGGAACCACUGAAGCCACUUUACGCAUGGAGAACAUGGAGGUCAAAGACGAGUGGCAGGACGAUGAUUUCCCACGACCUCUUCCUGAAGAUGGUGAUUUAGACGGACUCACUGACAACUCUCAUCACGGCGCUCUAACGGCGGAUCAUCUGGACUCUGUCAGACAGAAGCGCCGCACAUUGAUCGCUCCCGAUAUAAACCUGUCGCUGGACAAAAGCGAAGGUUCAGUCCUUUCUGACGACUUUUUGGAAACUCCAGAUGAUCUGGACAUAAACGUUGACGACAUCGAGACGCCGGAUGACGACUCUCUUGGCUCUGCCAACAACGGCACCGAGCUGGAAUGGGAAGAUGACACUCCGGUGGCGAGUGCGAAGGGUCCAGGUGGAGAUGAUGGUGACGGGACAGGGCGUCUGUGGAGAAGCGUGAUCAUCGGGGAUCAGGAACACAGAAUAGACAUGCAGGUGAUCAGACCGUACCUGCGCGUCGUCACACAUGGAGGUUAUUAUGGUGAAGGACUGAACGCCAUCAUUGUGUUUGCGGCCUGUUACCUGCCUGACAGCGGCUGCGCAGACUACAACUACAUCAUGGAGAAUCUCUUCCUGUAUGUGAUCAGUAGUUUGGAGGCGCUGGUUGCUGAGGACUAUAUGAUCAUCUAUCUGAAUGGAGCCACGCCGCGCAGGAGAAUGCCAGGCAUCAGCUGGUUAAAGAGAUGCUACCAGAUGAUCGAAAGACGGUUAAGGAAGAAUCUGAAAUGUCUGAUCAUUGCACAUCCUACCUGGUUCAUCCGCACCGUUCUGGCAAUCUCACGGCCAUUCGUCAAUGUGAAGUUCAUGGAUAAGAUCCGUUAUGUGCAGAGUCUGCAGGAGCUGGCUCAGAUUGUUCCUAUGGAGCAUGUGCAGAUACCCGAGUGUGUUUUGCAAUUCGACGAGGAGCAAAUCAAAGUGCAGAGAGAAAGGACUGAACAAGUGAGCAAGACAUCAGAGAGGCCGCCCUCAGUGGCUGCGGAGGCCUGUCCCUGACGCAUCUCACUGGAUGCGGAUCAAGGACUCAUCUGUGCAUGUCAUUUUCCAAAGAUGUUCCUUUAAAGAGCAAACAAUCACGUGGACAAACUCAGCCAGUCCUGAUGUUUGCAGACUGCAGUUUUUUUCCAUUCACACUGAUCUCUGAGCAGCUCGUAAGUGUGAACUGCAGACAAACAAAACAAACAAACCCUGGCCGACUGAUGGGCAACAUCUGUGCAAACUCCAGCAUCUUGUGUAACUGUCACUGGUGUCGUGCAGAUGUAAAUCAUGCUGUGUUUUUAUACCAGCCGGAUUAACUCGGCUUGGCAGUUUAAGCCAGUUCUGCUGCCAGCCGCUUCCACAAUGGGAAAAGUAUUCAGCCGGUUACAUAAUGCAGCCGUUUACAGGUUAAAAGUCAAUGUGAAAGCAUGGUCAGCUACAUGCAAUGCAGUUCAAAAAGAACAAUCUCAUGCUUUUUGUUGCUUUCUUGUACAGAUAUCUAAACCUUUCUACAGUGAAUCGAGAUCAAGAGAGAAGCUAAAUGAUAUGUAAAGGAUAAAGUACAUGCUGCCGGUUGUCAUUGCACAAUAAAGCCCGAAAGUGUUCAUUAAAAGUUUAUUAAUUAAAAUAAUUGUAUUAGAGUGAUCUGCAAAAAUAACCGGCUGGAUGUGCUUUAUCCUGCUUAUUACACAGUUAUUUGCCAGAUAACUAAACAAUUAGACACAAUGCUUUGAUUUGAGCUAGAGGUGUGAACCUAUACUGGUCUCACGGUUCGGUUUGGUUACGAUUAUCAUGCCAUCGAUUCGGUUCAAUUC